UAUAUUCAAGUAAACAGCAUCGCGCCGUGCACAGGAGUUUGGCUUCUGGGAUAUACAGUGAGGCUGCUGGAUUCCAGGCCAUCGGGAUGCUUUGCUCCAGCUAAUCCUGAGCAAUCGGGUGACCUGCAGCUCCAGGGUCAAUCGGGGAGCUGUGCAGCACUGGAGUUCUGGACGGGUGGCAGCCCUGGAAUCCAGGUGCCCAGCGUGCUUCUGCUGCUACUACUGAGAGCUGUAUCUCAGCUUCUGAAGAUCUACGGCGUCAGAAUGGCGGAGGCUGGGGACCAGAACCUCUUUAUCGGCCGCAAGUUCGUCUCGGAGGCGGAGCUGGACGAGCAGCGGAAGAGGCGGCAAGAGGAAUGGGAGAAAGUCCGGAAACCCGACGAUCCAGAAGAGUGCCCGGAGGAGGAGUACGACCCGCGGUCGCUGUACGAACGGCUGCAGGAGCAGAAGGAAAAGAAGCAGGAGGAGUACGAGGAGCAGUUCAAAUUCAAAAACAUGGUCAAGGGCCUGGAUGGGGAUGAGACUCAUUUCCUGGACGAGGUUUCCAGGCAACAGCUGCUGCUGGAGAGGCAGCGCAGAGAGGAGGACAUGAAGGAGCUGAAGGAGUACAGAAGUGCUCUGGCGAAGCUGCCAGCAGACUCUGAGAGCAGGAAGGACGAGAAGAAAGCCGUGUCCAAGCCAGCUGACAGUAAGAGCUCCUUCUCACAGGCCCGGCUGCUGGCGGGCGCAGUCAAGAGGCGAAGCUCCGACCCCUCAGACACUGCGAAGAAACAGAGGCUGGAGACGGAGGAGCUGGGGAGUGAGCCAGGUGAUGGGUCUUUGGGUGUGGCUCGGUGUGGGACGGGCUUGGCUUGGUGUGAGGUGGGUGAUAGCGCCCAGCUGACCUGAGGGGGCUAUCCACGAGAGACCAGCUGGGCACACUGAGCUCAUUCGGUGUUCGAAAUCAACAGCGCGACUGCGUCCUGGUUGCCAUGCCAUUCUUCACAAUCCACAGAAGAGUGAGGCAGGUGCUAAAUACUUCAGUGUAGACUGUAGCAGGAUAAUGUUCCCAGGCUGCCAGUUAACACAGUUCUUGAAGUGAAGCUGCUGUCAGGUGUGAAGACCUUUUCCUCAGUCUGUUCAUGAAGCACUGCCUUCUCGCUUGUAUGUAGAGCAUCUUUCUAUAUUUUAAUAUUAGUUAUGUCUUAUUUAAGAAGUUUUUUUUGCUUUGGAAGAGUUUUAAAGAGCUGUCUAAAAAAUGCAUUUUAAAUUAAGAUAAGUGAAGAGUUCAAGCCCUUAGGAACAAUUCACUGUGAUUUCCGAGAACCUUUUAAUCAGUGCAGCAUUUUAAAAUGUGCGAGUUUGAAGUGUGUAAUUAGUAGCAGUCAGCCCGGCCCCCUCGCGGCCCCUGUGAGUGACAGGUGAGUGACAGGUGGGCUCAGCUCUGUCACUCAGGCUCUGCCUGGCCCAACACACAGCACCCGCUGUCUGCACUGCUGGGGCGUCACACAGCACUAAGCAAGGCUGAGCUCUUCACACAUUAUCGCCGUGCUCCAGGAAAGGGUCAAGCAUGAUUUCCUGGCCCAUGAAUAGGAGGGAUUUCCUUUAAAAACCUUGGAAAAUGAUCAAAGCCAGAGUCUUUGGGCUUUAUUUCACACGUGGAAUGAGAAAAACUGGAGUUGAGCACUCCAGUGAAUCUAAGCACCCAAUUGAGGCAAAUAUUUAGAUAUUUUAAGCUCAGUAUGUUAUUAAGAUUUUUGUAAUUCAUCAGUGAUCACUGACCACCCAGCGCCUUCUGCAGGUGGGAGCUGGGAGAAACCGGGCGUCUGCAGUUGCUGUAACACUCGUAUCUAUUAAUCCUUCUUUGUUGGAAGCGGGAAAGAGCCUGUGUCUGUGCUGGGGGGGCCUCUGAGGGACAGUUUGUCAAGAACACCAGUCAGGAGCACCAUUAAAGGAGAUCAGGGUUUACUUCAGUCAUACAGGAAGACUUGAGAACUUCACAGCUGCCAGGUCCUCCAGUUCAUAUUGGUGACAGUACUGACCUUAAUUGUGGAAUUGGUCGUUAACACAGUGGCUCAUUAGGCAUUGAGGAACCCGCAAAGUCAGACAAGGUCCUGUGCUUUGCACUGAGGGAAGUUGUGGCUCUGGAGCCCAAAAACAGGCCUGCAGGUUUUACAGGAGUAGUAUGAGUAACUGAAAGGCUGUAGGUUCGAAUCCCAGGUGAGACACUGCUGUAGCUUCACCUGAACUGUCUCAAUAAAACACACAGCCAUGUAAGUGGGUACUUAUGUACUGUAAUUUUGAGUAAACACAAAAUAAAUAUAAAAACUA